GAAAGUGAUGUUGAAAAGGAUACUGAAGAGGAUUUUCCAGUAUUUAAAAAGGCUCGUACUAAUGAAUCUCAAGAACUUAAUAAUCAGUUAGAAAAUUUUACAAACCUAACUAGAAAAAAACAAGAAUGUGACAGAGCACUUUUAAAACUUUUUAUUUGCUGCGGGAUUCCUUUUAUGAUCGUCGAACAUCCUUUUUUUUUAGAAUUUGUAAAAUGUUUAAAUCAAGCUUAUGAACCACCUAAACGGACUCAUCUAUCAACAACUUUAUUAAAAACUAAAAAUCUUGUUGCUAAAUCUUAUCCAUAUAUUCUUCCUAUUCGAUGUAUUGCACAUCACAUAAAUCUUAUUACAAAAGAUAUUCUUAAACAACAAUGGGCUUCUAAUAUAAUGAAAAAGUGUCAAUCAAUUGUAAAAUGGACAAAAUUAUCACAUCAAGUUGGAGAACUUCUUCGUGACUUACAACAAGAAUAUUUAAUUUCUGGUGGUGGAAUUCAGUCUUCA